GAUAGUCGUAAAAAAAAGGUCUUUCUGCUGAAUCAAAAUAGUUUUCUGGUAAUCGUAAACAAUGUCAACUUCAUGCUUGGUAAUCAUGUUUCUUCAAUUAAUGCAUUUAAUUGGAUAGAUUAAAGAUUUAUUUAAUGUUUAGGAUACAAUUUAGUGCAAUUAGGUGGGUAGAAUCAAGUUAAAAUAACCCUCCAUAAAAAUAUUUUGAAGAAAUGUAUAGUGCUGUGAUAUUUAAUCUAUGCCAUAUAUGAAAAAUCAACUCAAUCUUAUAUAAGGGAUAUUAUGAUGAUAGAUAUGAUGAUAGAUACGAUGUUAGAUACGAUGAGAGUAAGGAUGAUAGAUACUUGUGAAUAGAUUUAGACAAAAAUGGAAAGAUUUAGAAGUGGUGAAAAAAAAAGAAAACUACUAAGCUAUAAAACUACUAAGAAUUAAAGGGUGAUUUAUAUCUGCGUUACUACUUAUACAUUUCCUUUAAUUCUGUAGAAGACAUCUUAGCAAUACUUCAAGAAUCCUGUUCUGCAACAUUAAUCAUCAUAAUAUGAUGUUGUCGAUAUCGCCGACAAGAUGUGUCAACUGUUUAGCUUUGAGCUUCAGUUAAUCAAAGUUAAUAAGGGGAUAAAAUUUUGACAGAGCAUAAAUAAUAAAUGAAAUAUCAGUCAUCUUGAUGCAUUCUUUUAUUAUGCAAGAGAAGUCUUUUGUUAUUCAAUCUUACAAUGGUAAGUUGAAAGUUUUUAUUGAUCUAUAAAAAAAAAAUUGCACCUUAAUUUAUUAUUAAUAGUGCCAUUCGGCGAUAAAAAUGUAUGGGAUUUGCUUAGUGCUAACUUUCUUUGCUCUUGCAAUCUGCACAGAUUUUGAUUUGGAAGAUGAUAACAUCAUUAAAAAAUGUAGCGAGCUGCUGCAAAGUUGUAAUUGCUUUAAUCGUUAUUUUAUUGGCGAUGAUUGUCUUGGGCAAAGUUACAAGGUGAAAUGCAGUGAAUUAGAUCCUUAUUGUGGUUGUGAGAAUUCUGAAAUAAUCGCAAAAGUUAGUUGUUGGAAUGCCACGGAACUGUUUUCUACUAAGUACUUGGUUGAUGGAUCGAUAUAUGAACGUAAUGCAACUUAUGAAAUCGUAAUCGAGGGAGGAGUAACAACCUUUCCGAGCAGAAGUCUAGACGGACUAAUUGUCUUCAGUCUCAUCCUGGACAAUCCCGAUAUCAAUCAUGUUCAUGAGAAUGCUUUUGAAGGUGUGCUUAGCAUGAGAAGAUUUCACGUACGCCACAGCUCCUUAAAAGAAGUUCCUAACUUUCGACCUGUCUAUAGUUCAAUUAGUGAAUUAAGAAUUCACAACAGCUUGCUGACAUACUUAAAAGGCGACACACUUAAGAAUCUUCCUUCUCUGGAGUACAUUUCUUUCGUUAAUAAUUCAAUUCAGCACAUUGAUUCAGACGUAUUUGAGGGUACAAACAGUGUGAUUCAUUUCGAUCUUUCUUAUAACAAGCUUUCAUAUUUGCCUCCUCAUUUGUUUGAUCCCUGGGAUAAUCUGCGCAACGUGUCACUUUCUCAUAAUCAGCUGCUACACGUUAAAGAUCUAUUUACGUUAGCUCGUCCACAUGCUAUAUAUCUGGGUUAUAACAACAUAACUGAUUUAGACGCCAUUUUACCAUCAAUUACAUGGAAUUUGACUACAUUACGUCUUUCGUACAACCCCAUCAGACAGCUUUCUUCUGAUUUUCUUCAUGGUAAAGCUCCACUGUUGAGGUACCUGUACCUUGAUCACUGUCUGAUUCAGGUCUUGAAUGAAAAUAAGUAUUAUAAUCUUCGAAUACAUCUUCAUGUUCUGGAUCUUAGUUACAACAGGAUAGAAAAAGUAAAUCCAACGAGAAUUGACUUUGGAUUUCGUAACUAUAAGUCUGAGCUGGUGCUUGAAGGGAACUUAAUACGAGAGUUCAAAGUUCGAGUGCAUAAUGUGCGAAAAAUUAAUCUUGCCAACAACCGCCUAAGAAGCUUGGACAAUGCCCUAAAACAUUAUCUGGAGUUGUCUGUUGCCAGAAAUGAGUUACGGCAGUUAGAAACGAUAGAUUUUUAUUUAUCUCCGGAUAUAAGAAUAUUUAAAGCUCAGAAAAAUCAAAUAAAAUGGAUCGAUAGCUCAUUCUUCUACAGUAAGUACUUCCUAGGUUAUCUAGAUCUCAGUUACAAUCUUCUGGAAUCGCUGAACAGUACUGUUCACCAACUACCUCGUUUGAAGUACUUGAAUCUUUCAUCGAAUUUUAUAACUGUACUCGAAGAGAGAGAAUUCGUUGGUCUCGUCGAUUUAAUUCAUUUGAAUAUUUCUGGAAAUAAAAUUGUUACACUUGGAAGUGAUCUUCGCUGGUUACCCCGAUUGUCGAUCCUUGACUUGACGAACAACAGAAUUAGGACUUUAAGAAGUGAACAUAUGCCAAAUUCUUUGAAAUAUCUCUAUAUACGGGAUAACCCUAUUCGCUGUGAUUGUGAGCUCCUUCCUUUUAUUAAAUGGCUAAACUUGUCAGAAACUGAUGUAGAUAUUGAUCUUUGCCGUUCAGUGUUACUGUACACACCAAAUCAUGUGCAGUCUUGUCCAUCAACAUGCGAGUGUUACUGUACAAAUGACAUUGAAAAAUACUUCAUGGCUGUGGAUUGCAGUUUUAGGAAUAUCUCGACAUUACCCCAGUUUCUGGCAGAACAUAGUGCAGAGGAUUCAUCUCUCCUGAAAAUUACUUUUCAACCUCAAUUUAAAAAGAACACGGGUGACAUCGUAAUUGUGGAUAGUAUAGGGGAAAUGAACCUUUCCAACAACAACUUAGAUACUUUAGAAAGUGCACGAUUACCUGUUGGUCUAAGACAUCUAUUUCUACACAACAACAGGUUCAAAGCAAUAAACACGACAUCGCUCAGGAAUGUCUAUAACUUUCAACAACUGACAUUAUCUGGUAAUCCAUGGAUUUGUGAUUGUGAUACUGCAAAUUUUCGAAAAUGGAUACUUUCAAAUGAAAAAAUAAUAUUAGAUGGGAAUCAAACACUGUGUGACACAUCAGGGGAUGAUAAUGUGUUGGAGGGAAAAGCUAUAUGGACAUUGAGAGAGUGGGACUUGUGUCCCUUAUUUAUAGGAUUGUAUUUUUCUAUCGGAUUUGGAUUAAUUUUUUUUUUCUUGGUAAUCACCAUUUUGAAGAUUGUACAUACGAGGUAUAAACUGAAUAUUGAUGUAUGGCUCUAUGCACAUGGAGUCAUAUGGGUAAAGGAAAAAGAUAUCGACAGGGAUAAAAAUUUCGACGCUUUCAUAUCAUUCAGCCAUAAAGAUCAAGAUCUGGUCAUUACGGAUAUUAUUUCUGUGUUAGAAGUCAAGCAGCCUAUGACCAGAUUGUGUCUCCAUUACAAGCAUUUUAUAGCUGGUGAAUACAUUGACGCAAAUAUUUUCACCGCAGUUCAAAAUUCUAAAAGAACAAUCAUUGUUCUCUCAAAGAAUUUUCUUGAAAGUGAGUGGUGCGUCUACGAGUUUCGGGCAGCCCAUAUGCAAGCUCUGAAGGACAAAGUAAAUCGUGUCAUAAUCAUCAAAUUGGGAGAAUUACCAGAUGAUGCUCAUCCAGACAUCAAGCUUUAUUUGAAAAGUACAACGUACCUCACCUGGGGAGAAAAGUAUUUUUGGGACAAACUAUUCUACGUGCUGCCUGUUUCUUCAAUUAAAGAUAACAUUAAAAACCGCACUUCAUACCCCAUUUAA